AACUUUUCACUUCCGUUCUGUUACCAUGAGAGCGAGAGAAGCUAUCUUCUUUUGAUAUCUGUUGUAGUGUCGUAUUUGGGAUAGUGUACCGGACCGGUUAUGGGUUUAUAACCUGUUUCAUGUUAGAAUUUAUGGUACGUGGUUUGUAAUGGCAGGACUUCAGAUAAAGGAUGGUGAAUACACAGCCACAAUUUACAAACUGAUCCGAGAUGCAAGAUAUGGAGAGGCUAUUGACAUCCUCAGAAAUGAACUGCAGAAACACUCAGAGUCUCGAGCAGCCAUCUCUCUUUUGGCCUACUGCUACUUCCAGCUACAGGACUUCAUCAGUGCUGCAAACUGCUAUGAGCAACUCACUCAGUCUCAUCCUGAUGUGGAUGACUACAAACUGUAUUAUGCACAGUCCUUAUACAAAGCCUGUAUGUAUCCCGAAGCAAUGAAAGCUACUUUUCUACUAGAUAGUCCUGCAUAUCACUCCAAGGUGCUUAAACUACAGGCUGCUGUCAAAUAUGCAGAGGAAGACCUUUCAGGUGCAAAGAGUUUAGUAGAACAGAUGCCUAGUGACGAUCCAGACAGCGAGGUUAAUCUAGGAUGCUUGCUAUUCAAGGAAGGGCAGUAUGAAGAAGCCUGCAAAAAGUUUAUCACUGCCAUGCAGGUGGAGGGCUAUAAACCAGAUUUAUCAUAUAACAUUGCACUGUGUUACUAUAACAUGAAACAGUAUGCUCCAGCCUUGAAGCACAUUGCUGAUAUCAUAGAGCGUGGAAUCCGGGAACAUCCAGAACUUAGUGUUGGCAUGACAACAGAAGGUAUCGAUGUACGCAGUGUUGGAAAUACCCUGGUAUUGCAUGAAACAGCAUUAAUUGAAGCCUUCAACCUAAAAGCAGCUAUUGAGUACCAGUUGAAAAACUAUGAAGCAGCUCAAGAAGCGCUAACUGAUAUGCCACCCAGAUCUGAAGAGGAACUGGAUCCAGUUACACUCCAUAAUCAAGCCUUGAUGAACAUGGACUCCAGACCAACAGAAGGAUUUGAGAAAUUACAGUUUCUGCUGCAGCAAAAUUCAUUUCCUCCUGAGACUUUUGGCAAUCUAUUGCUGCUGUAUUGUAAAUAUGAGUAUUUUGACAUGGCUGCAGAUGUUUUAGCAGAAAAUGCACACCUCACUUAUAAGUUCCUCACUCCGUAUUUGUUUGAAUUUAUGGAUGCAUUGAUAACAUGCCAGACAGCUCCAGAAGAGGCUUUUCGAAAGUUUGAUGAAAUGGCAGGAAAACUGACUGAGCAACUUAGAAAACUGACAAAGCAGGUGCAAGAAGCAAGACACAAUAGAGAUGAUGAUGCUGUGAAAAAGGCUGUAAAUGAAUAUGAUGAGGCUCUAGAGAAGUAUAUCCCAGUACUCAUGGCUCAGGCAAAGAUCUACUGGAACCUGGAAAACUAUCAGAUGGUGGAGAAAAUAUUCAGAAAGUCGGUUGAGUUUUGUAAUGAUCAUGAUGUCUGGAAACUCAAUGUUGCUCAUGUUCUGUUCAUGCAGGAGAACAAAUACAAAGAGGCAAUUGGCUUCUAUGAGCCCAUCGUUAAAAAGCAUUAUGACAAUCUAGGACAGUGCAACAUUGAAGGAUGUCCAUGCAAGAGGAAACCUUCGAUCCUCAAUGUCAGUGCUAUUGUUCUGGCUAAUCUCUGUGUUUCCUACAUCAUGACAAGUCAGAAUGAAGAGGCUGAAGAACUGAUGCGCAAGAUUGAAAAAGAAGAAGAACAGCUGGCUUAUGAUGACCCAGACAAGAAGAUUUAUCAUCUCUGUAUUGUUAACUUAGUUAUUGGAACGUUGUACUGUGCUAAAGGGAACUAUGACUUUGGCAUCUCCCGUGUUAUUAAGAGCUUGGAACCUUAUAACAAGAAGCUGGGAACAGAUACCUGGUAUUAUGCAAAGCGUUGUUUCCUGUCUUUACUGGAAAACAUGUCUAAACACAUGAUUAUGCCACGAGAUGUUGUAAUUCAAGAAUGCAUACAGUUUUUUGAACACUGUGAAGUUUAUGGUAAAAAUGUUCCAGCUCUGAUAGAGCAACCACUUGAGGAAGAAAGGUUGCACGCAGGAAAAAAUACCGUCACUUACGAAGCACGUCUAUUAAAGGCCCUGCUUUAUGGAAUUAUUGGGUGGACUCAAUAAACUUACUUCUGUUGUGUUCA